UUGCAAAGAAUUCGCAACGGCUAAAUUCCAACGUCUCUCUCCCUCCUUUUCUCACUGAACUACAGUUGAUAUGAUCACGGCAGUCCUCCAUGGCCAUUACUAUCUCCUCUCUGCUUUUCCUUUUUAUGGUUUUGUUUUGUUUUGUGGGCUCAAUUUUGUUUUUACUGGUUCUCUCCUUCUCUCUUAUCAAAAAAACCGGUUUCAUAGUAGUGGAUUCUAAUAAUAGGGCAUGAGCUAAACAAGUGGUUGAGGAUGUGCAAAGAAAUAGUUGGUGUUUCUCUCCUCCAUAAUCCCAAUUUUAGGGUCUGGGAGAAGCCUUUUCAGAGAUAUCUUUGAGAUGGCCUCUUUUGCAGUCAAUUUCAUAUGUUUCCCAAACAAUUAAUUCCAUUGCAUACCUCCUAAUAUGGCGUCUUCGCAAGUGGAAAUCGCUUCGUCUUCACCAUUUGGCUGUGUUCUCAGAGAUCACAAUCGUCGGGAACCCCCCUGCAGAGACAGCAAUGCCCAAGCUGCUUUCCACAACAACCUCAAAGUAUUCGUUAGGGAUCACGCCCGCCCCAGCAUUUCGAUCAUCCCCUCCGACGAAAAUUCUCAUCCUCCUCCUGCUGCCUUCUAUUGUUGGAUUCCCCAACAACAGGGGAUUCGUCACCGUCGCCGUAGCCUCUCUUUCCGCACCAACAGGGAGGAAAAAUCAAAGGACAUGAGCGGGAGGGAGUCGGAAAUUAUGGAUCAAUGGGUCACUCGGCAAGCCCAAGAAACGGUAUCCACCACUGAGAGACAUACCCACGAGGCCCAGCUCCUGUCUCCAUCCCAAUUUCCGCCAGACCAUUCCCCCUCUCAAUCCAGUAAUUCCCCCGAUGUCCCCAAUCUUGGAGCUUCUUCCCUGGUUCAAAUGUGGGAGGCAAGGGUCAGUCGCUCCGAUAGUUUGAAUUCCUUGGCUGUUAGCAGGACCAACUCUGGCUUUAGCUACACUGAAAUUGCUGAAGAACCUUCCUCAAGGCCCUCCGAAGUUUGUGAACCCGCUGGUGAAAGAUAUGAUACUCACACAAAUAACGGCGAUUCAUAUCCAGAUUGGGAUUCUGAGAGAACAGCCCCCAGCGACCAACCUUUAUCAUCACAGGGUCAGGAUUCUGAUGCUGGAGAAAAUGAGAGGGUUAGAGUUGCAGAUAUCAUUAGGAGGUUGACAUCCGGCAAACAUCGAGCCCAGAAUUCCUUAAUGUGUUGCAGCGACGACAAUGACCACGAGCAGCCAGUUGUGACUUCUCCCCGGCUAAGGGGGAGACAAGCAUAUAUCAAUUUGCUUACGCAAAUGGAGCACGACAGGCAGAGGGAGCUUGGCCGCGUGGCGGACUGUCAAGCAGUUUCAAGGUUCCCGCAUCGAGGUCGCAUUCAGUCAAUGCUUAGGCUUAGAUUCCUACACCAGGGAAUGACAGUACAUGAUCAACUGCGGCCAAUGUCAAGAGGAUCUGAAUUGGGCCCGUCACAAGGAUCUGGCAUCAUGCUUCUCAGGGAGAGAUUUAGCACAGGAGUUGAGCAUGGUAGUGUGACAGCCCAAAGUUGUGUUCCAAAUUCAAGAAGCCCUCCAAAUAACACCCUGGCUUUUGAAAAUUCUCCUACUUCCAAUCAGAUCAGUGAAGACAUUCAUCGUCAGGAAGUCAGUACUAGUGAGCCACAGAGUACAACCUCAGCAGAGCAGUUGAUGUCAUAUGCAACAGAAUAUGUUCAGGAAGAUGCUGGUCCAAGUUCAGAUACAUGGCAAGGGCCAAGCUUUGAGGUUGGCAGUCUUGACUCACAAGAGCAAGAAACUGCCGAUAGAAUGACAACCUUGAAUAAUUGGGAUAUGAAUAUUAAUGCAGAAGAAGAAGAGGUUGGAGAACUGAAUUUAUUUGGAACCCAUUAUGACUGGUUUAGUGAAAUUUCUCGCCCACGGAGAUAUUGGGAAGAUCUCAGGCAAGCAUGGUACCAGGAGAUGCUUGAAAGUAACUCGGACAAUGAGGAGAUACGACAACUCCUUGAAAGAAGAAGAGUCUCAACUUUUCUAGCAAGUGACUUCCGGGAGAGGAUGGACCAAUUGAUGACGUCUCACUUACAGCAACAACUGCAUCCAGAGGGUAGUCAAAGAGAAGUAGAGUUAGAAGAAGAAAGAAGAAGACAAGAGAUUUCUGUUGUGCAUCAGAGCUGCAACACAAGUGAUUAUUUCAAUGAAGAUACAUCAUCAUUGCAGUUGCCUUCUCCAUCUUUAUUCAGGUCAGGGGGUCAGUUUCAAAAUCAGGAAGUUAGUGAUGAUUCUGAUCAAGUUCCUUCUUCAUCUUUGCAACUACAUCCAUCUCUAUCCCCAUCUGCUUCCCCAUCUGCACCUCAAUUUUACUAUCAGGGUAGUCCACAAUCAUCUUCCAUUACUAGUCGUCCUUCAAUUGAAAUGGAUCUCAUAUAUGAUUUGAGAGGACAAAUGAAGCAACUCCAUCAUGAGAUGGCUGAGCUACGAAAAUCAAUAAAUUGCUGCAUGAAUAUGCAGGUAAAAUUGCAACAAUUCAUGAAGCAGAAGGUUUCAGCUGCAAGUCAUUCUGUUGGAAGGCAGGGGAAGAAAUCACUCAACUCAGCACCAAGGAAAGGAAAUUGCUGUCUUUGUUAUGAAAAGAAAAUCGACUCACUUUUAUACAGAUGUGGUCACAUGUGUACCUGUCUCAAGUGCGCCCAUGAAUUGCAGUCGAGCACUGGGAAAUGCCCAAUCUGUAGAGCUUCAAUUGUUGAUGUUGUGCAGGCAUAUGCUAAUGCAUAGACACUAGGUUCUUGCUCCAGAGGACCGUCUUUAUUAGCAAAAAGAAAAAAAAAAUUGAGUUAAUGACACAAUCUGGAAAAUGAAUAUAUUUACUAAUAGAUACGGUUUAUUUACUUGCUAUUUGUGCUAGGUGCCGUGCCAAACAUCUGUUUGUAGUAGUACAUGACAAGUCAUUACACAUUGAUCAGGUUUCUUGUCUGGAAAUCUACUCUGUAUAUUUUGUUUGAGGGGAAAAAUAAUGAGAUUUAACAAUCCAUUCCCUGUACAUUGUAAGUCAUUUUACACAUCAAAUAGGGUUGGUCUUCUCUCUGAUUUUGAGGGUCUUGUGAAGAUCUGAUUUCGGUUUAACAUUGAAUGGAAUAGAGAAGUCUCAUAGAAUGA